GUGCAUGUGUGCGGCCGCGUUCUAUAAUUAUUAUAAGUAAAAUCAGGAGGAGGGUAUGUACUAAGUUUAUGUCUCUGCUGCAGGCGAGCCGGUGAAAAUGCCGCCAGAGAUUGAGGGAGUAGUUGCUAAGUACCCUGAUAUCUUUGAAGAGCCAACAGGGGUUGUUGAGAGGGAGGUCGUCCACGCGAUAGAGAUUAUCCCAGGGUCUAGUAUUCCAAGGGGUAGGAUUUAUCGGAUGUCUCCAGGCGAGCUUGAUGAGCUACGCCGCCAAGUCAAGGAACUCGUAGAGAAGGGCUGGAUCCGACCGAGUGUCUCUCCUUAUGGGUCUCCAGUUCUAUUCGUGCCUAAGAAGAAGGAGGGAACCCUUAGGAUGUGCAUUGACUAUAGGGGCCUCAAUGCCAUCAAUGUCAAGAACAGAGAGCCCCUACCACGCAUCGACGAUUUGCUAGAUAGAGUGCAAGGGUGUCGGUACUUCAGCAAGAUAGAUCUGAAGUCCGGGUACCAUCAGAUUGCCAUACGGCCCGAGGAUCAACACAAAACCGCUUUUCAGGCCAGGUACGGUCUGUACGAGUUUGUGGUGAUGCCUUUUGGCCUUUGCAAUGCUCCUGGCACCUUUCAGCACGCUAUGAAUCGGAUAUUCCAUGACUACUUGGAUAAGUUUGUCAUCGUGUACCUCGAUGACAUACUUGUUUUCAAUAAGACUGUCGAGGAACAUGUGGCACAUUUGGACAAACUCCUCGGCCUCCUGCGACAGCACAAGUUCAAGAUCAAUGGUGAGAAGUGCGAGUUUGGCUGCACCGGUGUCUUGUACUUGGGUCAUGAGAUUUUUGCGGAAGGAUUAAAGCCCGAUGACGCGAAGGUGGCCAGCAUUCGUGAUUGGCCACGUCCUCAGUCUGUGACUGAGAUGAGAUCUUUCUUAGGAAUGACAGGCUACUAUAGGACUUUCGUUAAGAACUACAGCAUAGUGGCCGCCCCUUUGACUGAUCUGACCCGCCUUGACACCACUUGGGAGUGGACAGAKAAGUGUGAGGCUGCUUUCAGACAUCUGAAGCAUGCACUGACGCACUAUGAAGUCUUGAAACUUCCUGAUCCUGACAAGCCGUUUAUAGUCACAACGGAUGCCAACCAAUAUGGCAUUGGUGCCGUGCUUGCGCAGCAGGAGGGGCCAAAGUUGAGGCCAGUUGAGUACAUGUCCAAGAAAAUGCCGUCUCAGAAGUUGGCUAAGUCUACUUAUGAGAAGGAACUCUAUGCAGUGUACAAGGCUCUCACCCAUUGGAGACACUAUCUCCUUGGGCGGUUCUUCAUCCUCCGGACUGAUCAUCAGACCCUGAGAUGGAUGAGAACACAAACCGGUACUCUCAGAUGCUCUCAAGCGUUGGAUCGAAGUCAUUGAGCAAUAUGACUUUGACCCUCAGUAUCUCAAAGGGGAGUACAACAAGGUUGUUGAUGCCUUAUCGCGCAUACCGGAC